CCUCUCUCCCGUCAAAUUUCUUCCCCAUCCUUCUUCCAACGAUAACUCUCUCUACUUCCUCUCCCCUCUCCCCUUCUCUUUCGCUCUCUGUGAGUAACCCAUCUUGCCGAUCCACACCAUCAUCUUCUCCUAGCCCUAACGACGCCAGAAUCAAGAGCGGCAGACCCCUCGGAAACCCAAUUCGUCUUCCAAAGUCCUUUUGUUCCACCAUCACCGUCAGAUCCCGACUCCAUGGUUCUUGAUUCCAAACCCUCGCCGGCUAAGUUGAAGAGCCCGCUACCACCUAGGUCUCCCUCUUUAACCCACUUAAGCGAAAGGUAUGAAGACCGUUCCUGAGAAUUCCAUCUCUGGAUUGUCUGAUUCGGGUAUGAAGGUGGUAGUGCGCUUGCUGCCGCCAUCCAAGGACGGAGAUGAAGGGGAUAAUAUAAUACAAAAGGUUAUGUGUCGAUGAAGUUAGCGGACAGUGGGCAGAUGCAGAUGAAUUCUUUAAUGAGGAACAGGCUAUGUGAAAGAGACCAGGCUAUUCGCAAACUGGAAAGGGAAAUAGAAGAUAAAGAUAGGGAAUUGCAAUCAAUUAAAUUAGACAACGACGCAGCUUGGGCCAAGGAUGAUCUUCUGCGGGAACAAGAUAAGGAAAUAGCAACUUAAAGUGGAAGAGGCACUAUCAGCAUUGACAUGUACAUGUGAUUUUAAGCAAGAACCAGGAGAGUGAGAGUUUUAGUGUGCCGUAUUUAGAAUUUGCCGAUAUCUUUUUCCCGUUUCAGCAAGUAUUCCUGAUAGUGGGGAUUCUUCGAGUAAUGCUAGAUAUUGGUUCUAACAACGAGAAGUUACUUAAUGAUCCUCUUUGAUUUAUUGGAGUUGAGGAGUCCCACAAUCUUUAUGUUCUGUUUGUUUCUCCAUCACUUUUUCAAGGCUGUUCAAUUGGAGUUCCAUCUUCAGGUUGACAUGAUUGUCUUGACAGAUGGAAGUCGUAUUCUUGGCCUCGGUGACCUUGGAGUUCAGGGAAUAGGAAUACCUAGAUUGGAGGGAGAAGAGUAUCUAUCAAUUGUUGAUGAUUUUAUGGAAGCCGUGCAUACAUGUUGGCCUAAAGCUAUUGUUCAGUUUGAGGAUUUUCAAAUGAAAUGGCCUUUUGAAACAUUACAACGUUAUCGUAAGAGGUUCUGCAUGUUCAACGAUGACAUACAAGGAACUGCUGGUGUUGCUCUCGUUGGACUAUUGGGAACUGUGAGAGCUCAAGGGCGGCCAUUGAGUGAUUUUGUUAACCAAAAGAUAGUAGUGGUAGGGGCUGGAAGUGCAGGGCUCGGUGUUCUUAACAUGACUAUUCAGGCUGUUUCGAGAAUGGCAGGGAACAACGAUUCUAGUUUACUUUAUCAAAAACAAAGAAGAAAAGGAAGGGACCACAAGAAAUCAAUGGUGGAAUCGAUCAGGCAGGGUGUGGAAAAUUACAACUCAGUUUUUGUUUUCACUGUUGAGAACAUGAGAAACCUCAAGUUCAAGGAACUCAGGGAGCAGCUGAAGUCAGCUAGCAGGCAAGUUCUACUUUCUGAAUUCUGUAUUAUUUAAUCUGCGUCAUCAUUUCAAAUAUUGAUUAGUGAUACAAAUGUACUUUCUCUAUGUUGUUUGGUUAGCUUCUAGAUAGCACGAGAAAAGAUAUGAAUAAUAAAUAGCAUAUUUUUAAAACUCAAAAGAUAAAAUCAUAAUGAAUAGCAUUCCUUAGGAGAAAGGAUGAGGACACGUUGUUUCUAUAAACCUAAUUUUAGUUUUGCCAGUUUGAAAUACUUGUGUAGUUUAGUUUAGAUAUAUAUUUAAACUAGCACGUUAAAUAAUAGUUUGCCCUGUUUGUGUUUGCUAAGUUUCAACUAAUACUCUCAGUAUUUAUCUUUGUGCUUA